AUGUAUGCUUUGCACCAAUUUAUGCUAAUUCAUGUUUUGACGUGCCUUGGACAAAAUGCACUUGGAAGUGAAAUUAUAAAUGGGGAAAAAGCUCCCGAGAACUCACUGUUGUAUAUGGCCUCGGUGCAGAACAACUAUGGCCACAGUUGUGGAGGUUUUCUUGUAAGUGAGGACUUUGUGGUCACUGCUGCACACUGUGAUGAAGGGAAUCCAAGGAGAAUAGUUCUUGGCACCCACGAUCUCAGCAAGCCUGCUGACACCGUGAAAGAUGUAAUCAUGAAAUGCAUACACCCAUAUUAUAUAGGUGUUGGAAAUGGGAAUGACAUCAUGCUACUCAAACUUUCUAGUGAAGUCCAACCAAGCAAAAGCAUCCAAAUUAUUAAACUUCCCUCUUCUGAAAUAAAGCUAAAGGAAAAUGAAAGAUGCCUUGUGGCUGGGUGGGGUUUGACAAAAAUUGGCGGUCCAUUAGUUCACCAGUUGAGAGUAGUGGAUGUGUCUGUUAUCAGCCCAGAGGUCUGUAGGGAGAACUGGCCGGGUCUUCCGGAUGGUCUUAUUUGUGCUGGUGGUUAUGGCACAAACAAAGGGUUCUGUCAGGGUGAUUCUGGUGGCCCUCUGAUCUGUAAUGGUACAGCUGUUGGAGUUGUUUCUUUCAACAAAUGGGGCAGAUGUGACUACCCGGAUGCACCCAAUGUUUAUGUGGAUAUCGCAAAACACCUUGACUGGAUCAACGAGAUUCUCAAGAAAAAGCAUUGUUAAG